AUGGCCAUCCCCCUACCUCACCAGCUCCUCUUGUCUUCUAAGCUGAAGCGAUGCAAGGACCGUGAAAGAGCACGUAAACGGCGCUUAGAGGCCGCAGCGAGUGCAGGCAGUGAAGAGCCGCUCGAAGAGCGCUUCCUCUGGCAUCCCAAGCAGUGGCUCCACUGGGUCCAUAGUAUCUUAGCCAUCCUUUUUACUCUUGGAUGUCUCAUCGCUCUGUACCUGGCAGCUGGGGCGACGCCCUCUGAUUUGUCACGUCUCAUCUUGGUCGCCGCCGUUGCUUUGUCGGUCGCUGCUGCAUCUGCAGUAUCUGCAUAUAUAGGCAAGUUGUACCGGACAUACAUCGGCGAAGCGUAUAUCAUUCAACGAUGCACAAUAGAUUGGCCCGUGCGUGAAGGCUCGGCAGAUGAUCCUUGUCCAUUCUGCGGUAUGGAGCACGCGGGGAAUACAAGCGCGUCGUCGAACAAGGCAUCGCCCGGUCCUCCCAGGACUGUCUUCGUUCGGGGGACUGGGAUACGAGGUCCCGGACCUGGAAGGGUGGUUACUACGCUGCGUGUACCCGAUGGUACAAGCGCAAGGACAGCCAUGAAGAUGCUCAGGGAGCGGCACGCCAUCGCUGACCUCGAGCACAUCAAGCCGUAUGCUUGUAUUUACUCGCAAGGCAGUCGACCCCGGAUUCUCGCCGAUAAAUCGUGUCAAGAGGCGGUACUUCUUGAGGCAGAGUGCACGCUUGAGAUACGAUACCGCGUCCUUGGAGGAAUGCGCGAAGAGUCUGAUUUCGCGUCGCGUCGCGCCCAGCAACGCUUCCAUCCUGCCGACUUUCGGCCUCAUCAACGAUUCAAGGCCAAGGACCCACGAGUUUGGGAGUGUAGAUCGUACGAGCAGUGGCAUUGUAAAGCGUGCGAUGCAGAGUAUGCAUCAGGAAGUAUCCACCAACACGAGAAAAGUCAGAAGCAUCAGCAGAAUGCCGAUGCGUACUGGCGAGACCACCACGCACAACAUACGCCUUCAGAGGCCUCAAUCCGUCCUAGCCCCGCGGAAGCGUCGCUGGGUUCACGGGAGCGCGAGGUACUUUAUGACCGUAUGCGAACAAUCUUGGAUGAGAGGGCGAACACCGACAGUGGGUGGAAUGUAGGCGAUGAUAGUGGUGCUAUGGAGAUCGAUUGGGAUGCAGACGCGUGGAAAGAUGCUGAGCAAUACGGCAUCUCGUACGAGGAAAGGGAAGUCGCCUCGCUAGCAAGUGACCUCCGGCGAUAUUUCGACGGCCAUGACGCAGAGGAUAUGCCGGAUCUCGCGGUUGAUUCGGAUGAUGAAGAUGCGGAGCUCGAUGGAGUCGGCGAGGGCAAUACAUCCGACGACGAUGAGGACGAUACUGACAACACCACCGCUCCCUUGGGAGAGGGAUGGAAGCGUCAAAGAGCACCAAUUGGCGACGAAGAGAACCCGUGGUAUCCGUGGCCUGACAAGGAAACUUGCAUAGUUGAUAUACUUCGCCAUAUUCCACGGUGCUCCUUUUCUGCUAAGCAGAACCAGGUCAUCCACUGGGCCAUGACGGUACUUGGCCUCGAUAACGUCCCAACACAGCGCUCGAUGAAGGAUGUCAGUAAGGUCCUUCAGUCAAUAUGCGGCAUCGAAAGUCUUCGAUUUGUUAGUGCUUUUGGUAAUAUAUACUACACCAACGACGUGUCUGCAAUAAUUGCGCAGGAAAUGGCCAAUCUUCGAGUGCGACGUCAUCUACACUUCCUGCCAGAAAAGACGAAUGGGAAAGUCUCGGAGGCUUGGCAUGCAUCGCGGUGGCUCGACGAGCUUGAUCCGGCGCUGCUCACGCAGUCCAUCCGCAAACACAAUGAUCAGGCGCAGGAGUUCUUUGUGUUCGAGCCUUCCCUCUUGAUGGACCUGACGGUUUUCAUGCCGGUCCGCUGGUAUCUCGAGUCAGGCGUGGUCCAUGCGAGAGGAUGGCGCAUGACUCCGGAUUCUCGAGAGGAAGGCUGGAUCGUACACGAACAAGAAGAAAGUACGAUUUCGGAGCGCGACUUGUUCCUCUCCCUUCCUACUUUCGCGCAGAGACAUCGUUUGUACAAUCUACCAUCACCCAAUCGAAUUACAGUCACACCCUUGGAGAUGGCAGAUGGAAUAGUCGACCAGAUCAGAUCCGCGCAGGAGGAUGGGAUAUGGGCUUGGGAUGCGGAAGAGGAAGACUAUGUCCUCGUCAUUCCAUCUGUCUUUGCGAUGCUGGGUGACAACCCCAUGCAGAGCGAGAUGUGCUGUCACAGCGGCUUGAUGGCCAAUCAUUUCUGCCGUGCAUGCUGGGUGGAAGGGGAGGAUGUCGAAAAUGAGGCUGAGGAACACGACGACGGCAAGAGCGCAGCAAGCUCUCGCGCGCCAUCACCUGACUCCGGGCGCGCUUCGCCUGAUUCAGUGCGCGCCUCACCUGGUGCGACGAGGGCUUCAACAACUGGUGCCCGGACACGCAAGGCGGAGACGCUCGAUGAUAUGAUAUCCAGAUUGGACUGUAUGAUGUCGAUGAGCCAACGCAUGCGUACCAAAUCGGAGACGCUGCACAUCCUGCACGAGCAAUUCUCCGAGGCCAAGCGGGUCGGCGGUAAAACCGCGCUUGGAAACAAGCGCACGGCGACCGGCAUCAAGGACUCGUACCAAAGCCAUUUCCUCGACAAGCUUACGCAGUUGACAACGAAGAAAGGGCAGUCAAAGGCUCAGAAGCAAGCAGCAGUCACGAACUUGCUGUCCACCUUUCCGGAAAGCGCUCGUAUGUUGAACCCGCUCCUGCGCCUGCCAGAGCUUGACGCACACGCGGAUACCCCCGUCGAAAUUCUGCACGUCAUCUUGCUGGGAAUAGUCAAGUAUUUCUGGCGAGACGUGAUCAACAAUCGCCUGAAGACCCCGGCAAAGGAAAUCCUGAAAUCUCGUCUUGACUCUUUUGAUACGUCUGGCCUUGGUAUUGCCCCCCUGUCAGGCGACACUCUGGUGGACUACGCGGGCUCGCUUGUUGGACGCGAUUUCCGUGCGAUAGCUCAAGUCGCUCCCUUCGUACUGUGUGAUCUGGGUCUUAGUGCGGAUCUGCUCGACAUCUGGAGCGCCCUUGGCAUGGUUGUCCCCAUGGUAUGGCAACCCGAAAUAGAUGACAUGGAUGUGUAUCUCGUGCGCCUCAGGGCCGCGAUUCGUUACCUUCUUGACUGUACCUGCAAACUCGACGCCCAAUGGUUUAACAAGCCCAAGUUUCACAUGCUCAUACAUCUUCCUGAGCACAUCCGGCGCUUCGGUCCUGCGAUGCUCUUCGCUACGGAAGGCUUUGAAUCCUUCAAUGCCAUUAUUCGUGCGCAUAGCAUUCACAGCAACCGACACGCUCCGUCUCGGGACAUUGCUCGCUCUAUGGCGCAAAGCAAUCGCAUCCGCCAUCUACUCAGUGGUGGCUACUUUCGAGUACCCAACACCGGUCUCCCUAGCUCGCAAGCGCCAGUCUCCACACCCCAGAAGGGACUCUCACCAUGGAUGUCCUGCGUCAAGGGCCCGGAAGAUAUGGCGUAUCACUGGCGUGCCAUAAAUGGUCCGCCUCUGGACCUCAUUCGCACAAAUUCAUUUGCGCAGCGCUUUUUAGCUUUUGCAGAUGAUCCCAUAGCGCGUCCCUCCUUCGGUGAGUAG